AGGACCCCGUUGAAAUUGAUAUUGCAAGGCCCCCAUGUGAUGGGAACUUUGGUGAUAUAAAACUGAAAGAGGAGCUCGGAUGUGACUCUUUUUCUGCAGUGAACAAAGCUGAAUGGGAUAAUAAAACGAUUGCGGUGAAAAAGUAUAAAUAUGAAUAUAUUUCGGAUGAAAAUCUUCAAAAAUACUCGAAGCUCAGAAACGUCAGUCAUGAGAGCAUUUUAAAGUUUUAUUGUUGCUCAGGAUGCAGUCUGAAUCAUUCUGAUUUACUAAUGGAGUAUGCGGACUGCGGAUCACUGCACGAACAAAUUCACGGAACAGGAGUACAAAACUAUACCACAAGUACUGCCCUCAAUUGGAUGUACCAGUGUGCGAUGGGUCUUGAAUUUUUACAUAAUCAGUCUAUUGUUCAUUGGAAUGUAAAGCCACGUAACUUGUUCCUAACCAAAAACUUUCAACAAUUGAAGAUCGGAGAAUUGGGAAAUACACCUAGGCAAUUAAGGAAAAGGGAAUCUGUUGUCUAUAAGGCCCCCGAGGGACCAUUUUGUUGUAUUUACGACGAGAAAUAUGACGUAUACAGUUUUGGGAUAGUACUCUGGGAAGUCCUGACACGACAAAAGCCUUUUUAUAAAAUGACGUUCGUAAGGGAAACUUCAAACUACGAACAGCUUUUCUCCCAUUUUCCCCAAGACUUAUCCUGUGACAACAUAAGAUCGCUGAUUGAAUCAUGUUGGAAUCUUGAUCCGAAAAAGAGGCCCACUAUGAAAGCAGUUGCCGUACGAAUCGCAGUGGAAAAAGCGGAUAUGGGACUCGACGAGAUUAUGGGAUCUGGAGCCUUCGGUGUUGUCUACAAAUAUCAAUUAAUCGAUGUUCCAUGCGCGGUGAAAAAAUUUUUUGUAGACGAUGAUGAUGCCAAGAAAAAAAUUGAGCGAGAAGUGAAAUAUUUAUCCCGAGUUACCCAUGAAAAUAUUGUCGAGUUGUUUUGUACCCUGCAUAGCAAGGAUUCAAAAACAUUUAUUGUGAUGGCCUACGCAGACUGUGGAACACUUUAUGAUUACAUUCAUAAAGAGAAAGAACAAAAGCGGAAUGAAUAUUCCGAUUCGACUGCUCUCAGUUGGAUGCGCCAAUUAGCCAAGGGCCUUCAUUAUUUACAUGCCACGGAGCCAAAGCCAAUUAUCCAUCGAGAUAUUAAGACGAGUAACUUGUUACUUGCCGACAAUUAUCAAGUAUUAAAAAUUGCAGAUUUUGGUACAGUUAGAGAACAGGCUACUGUAAUGACAAAGGAUUAUGUUGGGACACCUGAAUAUAUGGCACCUGAGACUGGCUUGGGCUACGAGUAUUCGGAGAAAAGUGAUGUUUAUAGCUUCGGGAUCGUUUUUUGGGAGGUGAUGUCCCGAAAGAAACCCUUUUACCACUUGAAAAAUCGAACUCCAAUCGUCAUUAUGAACUUAGUCAGUCAAGGGGAACGGCCUCCCAUCGAGGAUACAAAGGAUGACAAGUAUAUAAGAACUAUAAUUAAUUAUUGUUGGCAUAAAAAUCCGGAAAUACGACCAUCAUCGUGGAAUUUAGCUUAUUGUGGUGUGGGAUUUUCGAUUUUUCAUGUGUUGUCAGAAAUUCUUAAUACAGAAAGUGUGAUAAAGAGUAUUAUACCUGGCGGGACCUUUGAUAAGAUCAAUUUUAAAUCCGAAUAAUCAAUAAUAUUUAACUAAUUUUAUGCAGUUUAUAAAUAAUGAAAGAAAUACAUUUUAAAGAGUUUAUC